AUGCUCUAUCACUUUGUAUUCGGUAUUUUCACUUUUUCUGCAGUGUUCUAUCUCAGCACAUUAUAUGAUUUUUAUACGGAAUCUCAGUUUGUUAUCACAAAAGAGCCGCCGUCUCUCAAAAAAUAUAUUUCGAGUGAGCUGGAAUCCAGGGCAAGGCUAGGGAAUCAUCUAUUCGAGCUAUCUUCCUUGAUAGGAAUCGCGCGGUCUCUCAACAGGACGCCCGUAUUUUUCAUGGUAGAUGAAGGGUAUAAGUGGUGUUUGGAGGAUACGAAUAAAACGGCUCCAGGACUUGCGGACCAGUUUUUAGUUAUUGAUGGAGCGGUCCCCAAAACCAUCCGCAAUACAGUAUUCCACACCCGUUGUUGUAUCUAUGAAGACCCCCGUGUCUUAUCGAAUAUUGAGGAUGAGCAUAUCCACCUUACUGGAAGAUUCUAUCAGAGCUACAAGUAUUUCGAGGGGAUGCGGAAUGAGCAGUUGAGUUGGUUGAAGGAAUCACCUGCAGAGUUUCCAGGACUCCCGAAAUCAGAUGGGCGGACGCAUGUAAUGUGCGUUCACGUGCGGCGGGGAGACUUCCUGGGAGUUGGUUUCCAGGCAUCAGAUGCACAUUUUAUAAAAAAUGCUGUGGAGUAUAUUAAGGAGAAAGAAAACACAAAAAAACCACUAAAAACAGUUGUAUACUUCGGAGAUGAUCCAGAAUUUAUGAAAAGUAUUUUCAAUGGUACUAAACUUGCCAAGGACAACUUAUCGAAGAACGCUACUUAUGUCAUCUCCCAAAACUUGCCAUCCGACGAUAUGCUGUACUCAAAAUCCAAUUGUGAAGUUUUCCUGUUAAGUGCUUCCCACUCAACUUUCGGAUGGUGGUUGGGAUAUUUUUCAAUAAAUAAUAAAGUAUAUUAUAUGGAUAUGAGAGUGAAUUAUGUUGGAGCUUAUAAAGACGGAAAAGUGAACAUAAAGGAUUAUUUCUUGGCAAGCUGGACUCCGUUGAAGUUUGCGAAUGAUAAUAGCACAAUAAUAGUUGGUGAUUAUUAA